AUGGCGACCUCGCUGAUUCGGGGCAGAUACGUCAUUUGCGAAGCGGGAACUGGCGAGUCCGAAAGCAGGGUCAUCAGCGACGGUGCCGUCCUGCAGCGCGACGGACUCAUCGAGGCGGUGGGAACCUACGAUGAACUGAAGAACCUCCAGGUUGACGAGGUCAUCGGCGGGCCACAGUUCCUCGUGAUGCCGGGCCUGACCAACGCCCAUCACCACGGGCGGGGUGUCUCUACGUUCCAGUUUGGCAGCGUCGACGGCUGUCUGGAAUCGUGGAUCGUGGACGGCUGGGGUCGACGGCCUGUCGACUGGCACCUGAUCACCCUGUACACCGCCAUCCAGAUGAUCAAGUCGGGGACCACGAACGUGAUGUACAACCAUCCGCGGACGCCGACUAUCGGGAUGGUCGAGGAAUCUGAGCAGGUGCUGCGUGCGUUCGGAGACGCCGGCAUGCGGACCGCCUUUUCCGUUUACUACCGCGGCCAGAACCGGGUCGUAUACCACGACGACGAGGCCUUCCUGUCCGGCCUGCCCGCCGACUUGGCAUCGGCAGUGCGCCAGUACCUGGCAGUCACAGACCUUCCUGAAGACGAUUACUUCUCCUUUUUCGAAUCGUUCCGUGAGAGCCACGGACUGGAGGCGUCGGGCGGUCUGGUCUCGGUACUGCUCAGCCCGAGCAAUGUACAGUGGGCAUCAGACGAUUUCUUUUUCCGCACCAAGGAACUCGCCACGCGGUACGGCGCCGCCGUCCAUAUGCACCUUGUUGAAAGCUGGUACCAGAAAGAGUACGGCGUGCGAAGGUGGGGCAAAACUCCAGUCGCCCAUCUAGCUGACCUCGGGUUUCUGGGACCGGAGCUUUCCUGCGCUCACUCAGUCUGGCUGACCGAUGGGGACAUCGAGCUGCUCGCCGCCGCGGGGACCACUGUCUGCCACAAUCCCAGCUCCAACCUGCGCCUGAAGAACGGCAUCGCGCCCGUCAAUGCCAUGAUCUCGGGUGGUGUUAACGUGGCCAUCGGAACCGACAGCACCGCCAUCAACGACGAUGACGACAUGCUCCAGGAAAUGCGCUUGGCCUCCAAGCUGCACCGCCAGCCCGGUCUGGAGCGUCCGGCCUUGGACACCCACCAAGCCCUUCGAAUGACCACGGCCAACGCCGCCCGCCCUACCGGUUUUGACGGGCGCAUCGGCACACUGGAGCCGGGACGCUAUGCCGACAUGGUCCUGCUGGAUUGGGAGGCUAUGACCGCACCUUACUUCGAAGGCACCGGAGAUGUCGCCUCUGAUGCCGUGAACGCCGUGGUCUACCGGGGCAAAUCCACCCACGUCGAUACCGUCCUCAUCAACGGUGAGGUCGUAUUGCGAAAUGGCAGGUCGGUGAAGGCCGACGAGGAGGCCGUCGUUGCUGAGCUUCGCGAGCAACUGUCUCGUCCCAUCGAACAGGAAACCCUCGCGACUCGUCAAAUGGCUGCGCGUCUGCUCCCGUACAUCCACCAGUUCUACGACGAUUGGAGCAUUCCAUCCGACGGACCGCACUACGUCUAUAACGGACGCGCAUAG